AUGAAUUGCCUCCCAUGUUUUUCAAGUAGGAAAUCUAAGAAAUGCAGUACAGGAAAUGAAUCUGUUAAUAAUACACAAAAUUUACCUGUGGAAGCCAAGAAUGCCAAUGAUGUCCCUGUUACACCAGAAACUGCGAAUAGCGGGGCACGGACAUUUACAUUUCGUGAGCUUGCCAUGGCAACGAAGAAUUUCCGGCAAGAAUGUCUACUAGGUGAAGGUGGGUUUGGAAAAGUAUACAAGGCAACCCUUCAAAGUGGAGAGGUUGUGGCGGUGAAGAGACUGGACAGGAAUGGAACACAAGGGAAUAAAGAGUUUCUUGUUGAAGUUUUGAUGCUGACUCUCCUUAAGCAUCCAAAUCUUGUUAGUCUGAUUGGAUAUUGUGCUGAUGGGGAGCAGAGACUUUUGGUGUAUGAAUAUCUACCGACUGGCUCACUAGAAUCCCAUUUACAUGACUUGACGGAUGAUAAAAAGCCACUAGAUUGGCAAACCAGAAUGAAAAUAGCUCUCGGAGCUGCUCAAGGACUUGAAUAUUUACAUGAGAAGGCCAACCCUCCUGUCAUAUAUCGUGAUUUGAAAUUGUCAAAUGUUCUAUUAGAUGGAGACUAUAAUCCAAAACUCUCGGACUAUGGGCUUGCCAAGCUAGCACAGGGAGAUACUAAGACGCAUAUAUCACCGAGGGUUAUGGGAACUUAUGGUUAUUGUGCUCCUGAAUACGAAAGAUGUGGUGAACUUACAGCGAAGUCAGAUGUUUACAGUUUUGGAGUUGUUCUCCUUGAAUUAAUCACAGGACGUAGAGCUUUGGAUACUACAAGGCCAGCAGAGGAGCAAAAUUUAGUUAGCUGGGCACAACCAAUUUUUAAGGAUCCAAAGAGGUUUCCAGAGAUGGCAGAUCCACGUCUCGAAAUGAAGUUUCCAGAGAGAAGCUUAAACCAAGCAGUUGGGAUAGCAGCAAUGUGUCUCCAAGAUGAACCAGCUGUUCGUCCAUUGAUUGGUGAUGUUGUAGCUGUCCUCAGUUUCCUUGCAGUGGCUCCUCCAGAGGAGCCCGUUCCUGCUAAACUAUCAGCUCCAAACUCACCGUCUGAGGUGAAACAGCCAGAUGAACAUAAAGAUCAGCAUCACAGCAGCAGUGACAGCUCAGAUCAUGACGAUGAAGAAAGUGAGGACGAGAGCAAAAGCAUUUCGGAUAAUGAGUCCCGUGGGAGUCAAAGUAGUUCAGAUAGUGAGGGUGGAGGUAAUUCUGCAAGUUCAAGAUCACACAAGAAAAAAAAGGUAAAGGAUGGUAAGGGAAGUACUAGUUUCAGUUCAAGUAGCAGCGGAAGUUCUCGUCAUAGCUCAAGGAGUAGCAGCGCUGCCGCAGGCCCAAAUGAAAGUAUUCCUGUUAAUUCGACGCUGACAAGCAUUGAAGAAUCUCAAGAUGGCAGUGCUGAAUCCAGUAUAGAGCGUGGCAGAUUUGAAGAAUCAUUCUCAUGGAGUAUUGGUUCAAGUUCAAGAUUCGAUUCCAGAAGUGGGAGUAAUUAUGUAGAUUCAGGAUUUAACAGCAACAACGAUUUAUAUAAUACUAGUCUUGAUUCGAAAAUGAGGACAGAAAGCAGCAUGGGACGCAAGACUGAAAGUAAUAAUUCUUAUUCAAGACAAAGCAGCCAUUCGGAAUCUGAGGAUGAAAGUUUUAGUCCAUUACACUAUAGCGAUGAUGAGGUUGAAUAUGAAAACAGAUCCUAG